AUGGUCCGCGACUACACCGUGCAGGGCUCCAGAGGUCACGGAUGGAGUUUUUGGGAAGGUCAGCGGUUUGCACUCCCGCAUCUCCCACCUUCCCGCACCCCGCGGCGAGCGGACGACGGAGCGGCGGCGGCGGGGCCGGGGCAGGCGGCGGGGGGACCCGCGGGGGCGCCGCGGGAGCCCGAUGCGCGCUGGCGGGAGAAGGGCGAAGCGGAGGCGGAGCGGCAGCGCACCCGGGAGCGGCUGGAGGCCACGCUGGCCGGGCUGGGCGAGCUGGAGUACCUGCGGCAGCGGCAGGAGCUGCUGGUGAAGAGCCUCCUGCUGCGGCGGCCGGCGGGAGCGGGGCCCGGGGCGCAGGGCGGCCGCGGGGAGCCGCCGGGAGAGGGACCGCCGCCGCGCAGCCUGGAGGAGAAGUUCCUGGAGGAGAACAUCCUCCUCCUGCGGAGGCAGCUGAACUGCUUGAGGAGGAGGGAUGCUGGGUUAUUAAAUCAGCUGCAAGAGCUGGAUAAGCAAAUAAGUGAUCUCCGCCUGGACGUGGAGAAAACGACAGAUGAACACCUGGAGACAGACAGUCGUCCAAGUUCAGGGUUUUAUGAGCUGAGUGAUGGAGCUUCUGGAUCGCUUUCCAAUUCAUCUAACUCUGUCUUCAAUGUACAUCCCAAGUACCAGUGCGAUCUGGUGUCUAAAAACGGGAACGACAUCUACCGCUACCCCAGCCCGCUCCACGCCGUGGCUGUGCAGAGCCCCAUGUUCCUCCUCCCCGUGACUGAGAACCUCCAGCGAGAAGAGGAGAGGCUCGCUUGCGAUAUCAGCGACGUUUGCACCCCAUCCGAAACGGACUCGGGACAAUCCGCCAACGCCUUCCCCCCACAGAGCUCCUGGCCGGCUCCGUGCCCUUCCACCAGCAAGAGGAUAGACAGCUACAUCUUAAGCCUGGUUCAGAAAAAGACUCACGCAGUAAGGACUAACAAACCCCGGACGAGUCUCAACGCCGAUGCCACCAAAGGGAUCUUGAGGCAUGGGAGCAUGUGCGUCCGGCAGCCGGCAGCAAUGGUGGCCCACGGCAACGUAGUGAACCUGAAGAGCUCCAAGCCGGUGUGUUUGCCUCCCGGUGGGGCUCCCGCUCCGGACCACACGGCUCCCUCCCCGUUAAAGCAGAGGCCAAGGGAGCCGGCUGGGGAGCAGCUGGAGAGUAGGAAGGCCCCUUUGCCAGCAGCUUUCCCACCCGGCACAACAACAGAACUCCAGAGCAAGCACCUGCCACGGGGAGUCAAACCAGCACCGUCGGAGCUGGGCCGCAACACCGCGGCCACAGCCGGGGACGUCCCCAAGGAGAACGGCCAGCUCUUUGCUGCGUCUCCCAAAGAGACCCCAGGGAAGCCAGUGGUGCUGCAGCCAGAGAACAGGGUCAGCCAGCCUCCCAAAAAGAUCCUGUUGAAGAGCAGCUUGCAGGCUGCUCGCUCCUCAUCACCGGCUGUCGAGGAGAGGCCCGCGCUGGAUUUCAAAAGCGAGGGCUCUUCCUCGCAGAGCCUGGAUGAUGGGCUGCUGGUGAACGCCCAGUACAUCCCGGCCCAGCAGCAAAGCAUGAAGCUCCACAAAGGCACCCGGAAUGUCAAGAUUUUGAAAAGCUCUGCGUUGAAACACAGGUCCCACCUUGCCAACGGGGUGGAAAACAGCUCACAGACCUUGAGGGAGAAAGCCAAACUGGUCGGCAAGAAGUGCCGCUUUCCUGAGGAGUUGGAUACAAAUAAGAAACUGAAAAAGCCCUCGUCGCGGGGGAAGAGAGGCAGCGGCCUGCCGCUGGAGCCGAGCCUCCCGGGCCGGCAGGCCGGCCUGCACAGAUCCGCCCUCCGCUCCCAUGGGCAUGGCCGGGAGGUCGUGGUGGCCAAGCCCAAACACAAGCGUGCCGACUACCGCCGCUGGAAGUCCUCGGCGGAGAUCUCCUACGAGGAGGCCCUGCGGAGGGCGAGGAGGAACCGGCGGGAGGGCGUGGGGGUCUACUCACAGGUGCCCCUGCCCUAUGUCAGCCCCUACGCCUACGUGGCCAGCGACUCGGAGUACUCAGCCGAGUGCGAGUCCUUGUUCCACUCCACCGUGGUGGACACGAGCGAGGACGAGCAGAGCAACUACACCACGAACUGCUUUGGAGACAGCGAGUCAAGCCUGAGUGAGGUGGAGUUUGUAGGGGAGAGCACGACCACCAGCGACUCUGAUGAGAGCGGGGGCCUGAUUUGGUCCCAGUUUGUCCAGACGCUCCCCAUCCAAACAGUCACGGCGCCGGAGCUGCAUGAAAAUGCAGCCAAGGCCUUUGUCAAAAUCAAAGCCUCCCAUAACCUCAAGAAGAAGAUCCUCCGCUUUCGGUCAGGCUCCCUGAAGCUCAUGACGACCGUCUAGUGAGGUGACUUGGUGGAAUGUAUCUGCUUCUGCUUUUGGAAGCAAGGUGCUUUUUUUUGUACAUAUUUCCACAGAUUUUUUUUUUUUUUUAAAUACAAAUAUUUAAAACUUAAGGUAAAUUAUGUCACUUGUCUUCAGAACUUGGGUGGAUACUAGUGCCUUUUAUGUGGAAAUAAAAGACCGUUACACUUGUUUAAAAAAACCCAACAACACAACACUGCCAUUUCAGUGGUGAACAGCCUCCAGCGCAUGGUGUGUCAGAAGGCUUUGAGAAAAGGCUAAAAUGUUUCUGGGAAUGGAUCUUCCUUGCCUAGUUUUUCCAGUUCUGGGUCUUAUACAGGAUAUCGACAGCUUAAGGUCAUAAGUUUUUAGGGAAUAAAGGGGAGGGAGUGAGGGUGUUUCUUAAUGUUUUUGCUUUUCCCUUUCUGCUGCUGCUGUUGCCACAUCUUGAACUUUUUCCUUCUGGUACUCUGGUCUGUUUUUUUUUUCUUUUCUUGUUGAUUCUCUUCUUGCAACUCACUCCUGUCCUCCCCCAGCCAUCCCCCACCAGGAAAGGGCUCCUGUUCAAUCUGUCUCCAAGGUUAAGUCGCCUUCCCUGGAGUGCACUCUACUCUGAUCUCCUGGGAGUCCCACUGCGGAUGCCAGUGGUGUCCAGAGUAAACUGCAGCUGGAGCAGCUGACCAAGGCUUAGUAACUUCAUUAUAUUGUGUAAAACUGCUUUUGAAAAAGAAAAAAAAAAACCAUAUGCAUGUCACGUGCAUGAGUAUCAGUAGUUUUAAUAUUCCUGUUGAUGUCCAAUUUGCUGUACAUCAUCAAUGGCUGUUUUUAUAUAUAUAUAUAUAUCAUUGUGUAAAUUAAUAUAACACAUCAUAUGCUGUAAUAAACAGUCUGUUUUA